GUUAUGGAACAUCAUUCAACUGAUCAUUGAUCACAUCUUCCAGAUUAUCACAAUUACUCCGCAUAGUCAGUCAAAACAGGCUGCGAGCGUAUUUCGUCUGUAGCCAAAACUUGAAAUUUAGUCGCAUUCGAAAAACAUUCUUUUCGUCAAUUCAUAAAUCAUGUCCUUCGAUCAGUUAUCAUCGCUGGAGUCGCAACCGACAACCAUGCGCAGAGAGGAUGAUCCUCAAUAUGCGGACGACCCGGAAUUCCAACGGUUAUCGCAAGACCUUAUGACGAAGCUUUUCUCAUUGACAGGAAAUAUCUCGAGACUUUCAAAUGAGAUAAAUUUACUGGGAACAAAGAGAGAUACGGAGAGGGUUCGGGAAAGAGUGCACGAUCUUUUGGAAGAGUCAAAGGACACCUUCAAGGAGGUUGGCGAUGGCGUCAAGAAGAUACAAUCAUGGGAGGAUGUUAGUGUAAGUAAUGAGCUGUAUUAAAUGAUUUAGAUGGAGUAUUGAUAGUUGGUGAUAGCCAUCACAAAAAUAUACGCAAGCAAAGCUUGCGCGGGAGUUUCAGAAUAACCUGACCGAAUUCCAAAAUGUGCAGCGCCGGGCACUGGAGAAGCAGCGAUCUUCUGCCACAGCAGCACGAACGGCCAUGGAAGAAGCGCAAUCACCAGGGGCUGAGGGCGGAAAUCGAUUCGGGCAGCAACAAUCUCAAGAACAGCUUAGGUUGGCUUCGCAGGACGAAGUGGAUUUUCAAGAUUCGUUGAUUGUAGAACGUGAGGCCGAGAUACGGAAUAUCGAACAAGGUGUCACUGAAUUGAACGAAUUAUUCCGAGACGUUGCACAUAUCGUCAACGAACAAGGCGAGACCCUCGAUACAAUUGCCAACAAUGUGGAGAACGUGCAUUCGGAUACAAGAGGGGCAGAUCUGGAAUUGAGGAGUGCCGCAAGAUAUCAAAAGAAUGCUCGGUCGAAGGCUUGUUGCCUACUAUUGAUAUUGGCCGUCAUCCUCACCAUCAUCAUAUUGGCCGCCACGCUUGGCUAGACUAUUUUCUUUGGGUGGGUUCCAUAUGUUAUAUCCAUGGCGGAGUUUUGGCGUUCUUCCCACGGCAUCUUGCUUCUACGUCUCUACACUUCUCUUGUCCCUUAUAACUGAGCCCGGAAUGUUUUAGAACCAUUUUCAUCAUGGAAGUGAGAGGGGGGAAGGCCAUUUUGUCCAGGUCCUUUAUCGGCCUUGAAAUAAAUAUACGACAUCUAAACUCCUCUCUGCAUAGCUCCUAUGUGAUUGAUUGACAAAUUUAUCGGCUCGUCUAAAGUUUAUCACAACCGCAUCAUGGCAGUUAGUAGUAUCAGCAAGAA